CAAAAAGUUUAGGCACAGGAGUGCCAAAUACAGCGGCGACGCCGCAGGCAGUGGAAAUGACAUCGCCACCGCUGCCGCCGCAACCACCACCGCCACUGCCACCACCCGCGUCGUCGGCACCGACACCGUCACCUCCGGCGGAGUACGUGCCGGCACUACCGCCGGGGUAUGUACAGGCGUCUUGGCCGAAGUACAUACUGGCGCUUCCACCGCACAAUUCGCCCCACUAUGCGCCGGGAACGCCGGGGUACGUACUGGCGCCUCCGUACGUGCCCGCUCCAUCACCGGUUGCAGCAUCAACAGCCGGGGUUUCAGCACCGACAACGGCCCCGGGUUUAGAACCGACACCGACACCGACCCCGGCUCUGGCACCGCCUCCGCUACCGCCAAAAAAAGAGUGCUACGCUAAUCAAAAAAAAGCGGUCCAAAAGGAGCGGCGCAAGAAAGGUGCUCCCAGAUAUGCGCCACCGCCGGGGUACGUUCCGGCACCAGUACCAACACCGGGGUACAUAUCGGCGUCUACGCCGGGGUACGUGGGGGCGCCAACACCGGGGUACGUGCCUGCUCCACUGCCGGGGUAUGUGCCCGCUCCACCGCCGGGGUACGUGCCCGCUCCACCGCCGGGGUACCUGCCCGCUCCACCGCCGGG